CCCCCUGGUUGUUGCGGUCGGCAUAGAGACCUGACCAGCCGAGGGUCAGUUCCGAACUCGCCGAUCGCUCGAGCGAUUCACCCCUCAUCAUCCGCAGGAUUGAAGACCAGGAACACGCCACGAUGUUUACAGGGCUUGUCGAAACGAUCGGGACCGUUACGUCUCUCGAGCCCCUCGAUACCUCCUCGAGCGGGGGCGGGGGCACGUCGCUGACGAUUUCGGGCUGCGAGGAAAUUCUAACAGAUGCUCAUCUGGGAGAUAGCAUCAGCGUGAAUGGAACAUGCCUUACCGUGACCGCCUUUGACAAGACCUGGUUUAAGGUCGGAGUCGCUCCUGAAACGCUGCGACGGACAAAUCUAGGCUCCUUACAGACGAACUCGAAGGUUAAUCUGGAACGGGCCGUGUCUGCGAACACGAGGAUGGGAGGCCAUUUUGUCCAAGGCCACGUCGACACCAUUGCGCAGAUCCUCUCCGUAACGCCCGACGGCAAUGCGUUGACCUUCCGCUUACAGCCGCGAGACAAAGAUGUCCUUCGAUAUAUCGUCGAGAAGGGCUACGUGACGCUCGACGGGGCUAGUCUGACUGUCACCAAGGUGGUGGAUGGAGAGGAUGGGUACUGGGAGGUGAUGCUCAUUGCCUACACGCAGGAGAAGAUCGUCACUGCGGCCAAGAAACCCGGGGAAUAUGUGAAUGUGGAAAUUGAUAUUGUCGGGAAAUACGUUGAAAAGAGCGUCCAGGGUUAUUUUGCUGGCACCGCUGGCGGAGACUUCAGCAUUCUGGAGAAGAUGGUGGGCAAGUUGGUGGAGGAGAAGCUGAAAAAAUAGCAUGUAAAGAGAAACUAGCAGUGUAUAAUGGUACAAGAUGUUCUUUAUAUGAUGUAUUCGUCAAUAUGGCACAAAGUCAUUAUCCCCACUGUUUGCAAACUUCUAACAUCCCCGCGAACCCAUAAUCUACAGACAUCUUCUGUUGAUGGCCUGAAGACUGUCGAACCCUUUGCA